AUGCGACGAUCCUACCUCGUCGUCGGGGACGAGGUCCAAGAGAGAGCUCCAACGGCUUGAACUGAGCUUCUAAACCGGAUCCAUUGCGACAUUCGUUCAACGUGCGUGGAUCAAUCCAUCAGACCAGGUCCCAGUGCAGCAGGUUGCUUCGUGGCAGUUUGCACGUCUAUGCAGCCCUUGCACCUUCGUGCAUCCUCGCGUGUCACUUUAUCUCUUGUCACCACUGUCCCUGUCACCGUCAUUGUCUGUCAGUGUCUGUCGGUGCCACUUUCACUCACAUGGCCCAUGCAAGGUAGCCAGCCCAUGGAGCCCUUCGAUGGGAUGGAUGGAUGGAUGGAUGGAUGGAUGAUGGAUGAUGGAUGGGAGAUGGAUGGGAAAAAGGAGGGGGCACCAACCCAACGCCGUGGUCCCUGCUUACUCCUCCUGCCUGGUGAUAUACAUACGCUCUUGCCUUUUUCGGUCUUCCCUUUUCUUUCCCUUUUUUUUUUUUUUUUUUAUCUUUGUUUGUGCGAAUAUAUGGGACCCUUAUCCUCUAUCCUUCCCCGUCUUUACAACGUACAUCCAUCUCGGCACCCUGUGGAUGAGUUUACUGUCUGUUCCCCUACUUCUCCAGACUCCACCGCCUGUCUGUCUCUCUUAUUGCCAUCACUUCGCCCGUCAUCUUACUAUCCCCCACUCGGCUUAUCCUUUUGGGUCUUGGAGCCUACUUCUUCGGUGCUCGAAUAAUUGGUAAACUUGGGGGGUUGAGGCGAGCCCGUGAACAUCAUGGCCGACGGCAACGACAAGACGGCUUCCGUGGAGGAGUCGCA